AUGGCAAGCAGCAGCGGCUCAAAAGCCGAAUUCAUUGUCGGUGGAAAAUACAAACUUGUCAGAAAAAUUGGAUCUGGAUCAUUUGGUGACAUAUACCUGGCGAUCAACAUCACAAAUGGAGAGGUAAUAAACAUUAAACUAGUGGGUAACUAACUGUUCGCUGUGUUAAUCAACAGCCAAGCCGACUCGCCGAGAUUGAACAGAAGAUUGCUUAGUUAGCCUUCCUAACGUUAGCUAGCUAGCUGAAAUGUUGGCCAACGAUGCUCAAUGAAUACCUAGCUAACUGUCAUCAAAGAUAAUUGUCGACAUUGACCACUAUAAAAAGUGUAACGAACUACAUAACGUUAUUUUCUUAUACAUAAAACGUUUGUUGUACCUAGUUAGUAAAUUACGAUUGAAUUGAUGUAUCUUAAACUAAAGUUAACGUUAAUAACAUCAAGCUGCCUAGCUAACGUGGCUAGUUUAAAGUAGGUAACUAACUACGUAGACUACUACGUUAGCUAACUUACUGAUCAUUUUGUUUUACAGGAGGUAGCUGUAAAAUUGGAAUCUCAGAAAGCCAGACACCCACAGUUGUUAUAUGAAAGCAAGCUGUACAAAAUAUUACAAGGAGGAGUUGGAAUCCCACACAUACGGUAAUAUACAUUUUCAUUAUUUUGGACACAGUUUAAUAUCGGAGACGUAUGUGGAAAGGAGAGAAGUCAUAGCUAAUUGUACAAUGUAUGUACACAGUUACAUGUCCUAUGCAAAUAUGUCUGGUUUACUUCCACAUGCCAUCUGUAGCUGGGAAGCUAGUUAGCUGGCAUUAGUUAGCUUUAAUCGCCUUGGCUUCAUGAUUUUCCUUGGUCUUUGCUUAUGAAAACGUUCCACAUACAUUCCCUUUUAACGUUAAUAUUAUUCGAAAGACCAAUCCUUCAUGAGCCAUGUAGAUUUUCAUCAAAUGUGUUCAUUGUUCUAGUUUUAACAUGCAAAAAAAUCACCAGGCCACGAAAAAAAUCGGUGUGCUGGAAAUGGCCGCUCCUCUUUUGUUGUUUGUUCCAACAUGUCUUCCUUCCCUGUUAGAAAAUGGCGGCUCAGCACUAGCGAAAACAACUAGCUAUCUGGGCCUAGUGGAUUUGUCUCUCAAGGUGACUUCAACGCUAAUGUGGGACCUUAUAUAUAUCUCGUCAAACACCUAAAAUUAGUUUAUUUUAGAUUUUAUGGGUUACAAGGCAAUAUGAAGAGUAGGACUUGGGUAAUGGCUUAGUUCACUGACACAUUGGUGGAAUUUAUAAUCCAUGGAUGUGCACGUUUAAAACAACUGGUCAUAAUUACCCAUUUGACAUAUCAUUUAUCGAUAUUAUCCAUUCAGUGAUAAACAAUUGUUUUUGGUUUGAUUGUAAAUCAUACAUGUGAAUUUAGGGUGUUGUGACAAAAUACACCACUUGUUUGCAUUUGACUUGGAAAAGGGACAUAAGGAUACUAAAGCAAUCAAAGAUGAUAGGAUGAAUUUGAAUGCCCGUGAGGUGAAAAUUAUUGGACACAGUAAUGCUGGAUACAAAAUAGCCACUAUACAUUACACAUUCAGCAUAAUACAUACAUUGCACGUUACCCAAAAUACACAUUGUGCACUUCUCAUAUAGCCACAUACAUAAACAUAUUGCACAUUUCCCCUAUAUUCAGUCAAUAGAGUACUGAAUGUAAGGGAAGUGUGCAAUAGGUAUGUGGCUAGAACACUUGAAAAAGAAAAGGAGAGCCACACACUAGCUCAGAUGCAAUAAUGCCCCUUGCCUGUUUUUAAGACUCUGAUCGACAACACUGUUUGUGAUAGCUGCAGUUGUUUCUAAUCUUCAAUUCUAUCUGUAACUUGUGACACUGUCUUUUUAGUAUAUUUAGUUUUUUUCUGUAAUAUUUUAUGUACACGCUGCUAUUUCCAUGUUUUGCCGCCUUGCCAAGUCACCCUCGCAAAAUAGGUUUUUAACCUCAAUGGGUCUUGCCUGGUUAAAAAUAAGAAUUUUAUAACCAGCGUUACAACAGACAAGCUUCCUUCAUCAGGGUAUAAUGACAAACACUGUGGGUCACUAGUUUAUAUAGUUUCAAAGGACACACAGGUGUCUGUUAACAUGGCCAGGUGUGGCUUGAUUUCAUUGGUUAAUUUACAGAUAUAAAUAGAACAUAUAAAAAGCAUGAAUGGAUAACAUACGAUCAUAGACACAAUAUAUGAGAUUGUGAACAAAGCUAGAAUCGGGUUAAAGUUUUGUUCCUAUUUGUUUCAGGGAGGGCACAGUCAAUUCUAUUUAGGCCUAAUGGUGAAUAGUUCAUGCCCCGAUUAAGCUGGGCUGUUGCCGUGGAUGAGGGUCAGGGUGAUCAUCAGGCUCUGGUACUUAGAAUGACUUAAUAGAAAGAUAGGACUACUAGCCCCGCCAUGACCCUUCUGGAUCACUUCAUCCUCACCUUCUAACAAGGCCUAUUUACAGUGCCUUCGGAAAUUAUUCAGACCCCUUGACUCAUUCCACAUUUUGUUACAUUACAGCCUUAUUCUAAAAUGGAUUAAAUAAAUAAAAAUUCUCAGCAAUUUACACGCAAUACCCCAUAAUGACAAAGCAAAAACUGAAAUACCUUAUUUACAUAAGUAUUCGGACCCUUUGCUAUGAGACUCGAAAUUGAGCUCCGGUGCAUCCUGUUUCCAUUGAUCAUCCUUAGAUGUUUCUACAACUUGGUUGGAGUCCACCUGUGGUCAAUUCAGUUGAUUGGACAUGAUUUGGAAAGGCACACACCUGUCUAUAUAACGUCCCACAGUUGACAGUGCAUGUCAGAGCAAAAACCAAGCCAUGAGGUCGAAGGAAUUGUCUGUAGAGCUCUGAGACAGGAUUGUGUCGAGGUACAGAUCUGGGGAAAGGUACCAAAAAAUGUCUGCAGCAUUGAAGGUCCCUAAGAACACAGUGGCCUCCCCAUCAUUCUUACAUGGAAGAAGUUUUCUUCCUAGAGCUGUCCUAUGGUGGUGGCAGCAUCAUACUGUGGGGAUUUUUUUCAGGGGCAUGGACUAGGAGUAGUCAGGAUCGGAGCAAAGUACAGAGAGAUCCUUGAUGAAAACCUGCUCCAGAGCGCUCAGACUUGGGCAAAUGUUAAUCUUCCAACAGGACAAGCCCUAAGCACACAGACAAGAUAACGCAGGAGUGGUUUCGGGACAAGUCUCUGAAUGUCAGAGCUCAGCCAGAGCCCCAACUUGAACCCGAUCGAACAUCUGAAAAUAGCUGUGCAGCAACGCUCCCCAUCUAACCUGACAGAGCUUGAGAGGAUCUGCAGAGAGGAAUGGGAGAAACUCCCCAAAUACAGGUGUGCCAAGCUUGUAGCGUCAUACCCAAGAAGACUUGAGGCUGUAAUCGCUGCAAAGGUGCUUCAACAAAGUAUUGAGUAAAGGGUCUGAAUACUUAGGUAAAUGUGAUAUUUCUGUUUUUUAUUUAACAAAUGUGCAAAAAAUUCUAAAAACAUGUUUUUGCUUUGUCAUUAUGGGGUAUUGUGUGUAGAUUAAUGAGGAUAAAAACAAUUUAAUCAAUUUUUGAAUAUGGCUGUAAAGUAACAAAAUGUGGAAAAAGUCAAGGGGUCUGAAUACUUUCCGAAUGCACUGUAUACAUUGUUGAAUAUUAUGCACUACCCAAUUAGAAACGUUUAGACUAGAAAUGUUGGGCGUGCCACCAUUUUAUCUGCUAGUCUCCAGGUUCCUGCCCUGGGUAUUAACAAGUCAGUGGGCUAGUUUCACAGCUUACUUCCAUGCUUAUACAAUUUAAUACAAGCCUUUGUUGGCAGGCAAGGUUUGCAUUGAGCUUUGUGGUUGUGCACCCUGUGCACUGCCUGGAUAAAUAAGAAUGGGGGUUGUAGAAUAGAGUGUUUCACGCUCCCUCUAUACUCUCAUAGCCGGUUGUUUGUUUUCAGGUACAUCAUCAGCAUGUGGCUGGUGCACCUGUUUAGUCCUGAGCUUGGGAACCUUUCUGUUAUUCAACUCACCUGACAGUUCUGGAAUGAUAUUUUAUUUUCACAACGAGAGUUGGAAGGUUAAAUCUGGAAAGUUCUCCAAUGCUUUUCCCCCUCUCUUAUUUUCAUCACGUUUAAUCAGACCUACUUAUACCCAUUUCAGACAGAAUAUGUGGUAUGUUACCUGUAAACAAUAUAAGGCCAAGUUUAUAUGACCCCCUUUCAAACAGCCCCUUAUUUAGCUUAUUUACUUAUUUGCAGGUAUCCAUACUCCUUUUAUACAUAUCAGUGGGUAACUGGGAAAUUGGGGGCGGGGGUGUUGGUUAACCAUGAGGGCUGUUUGCAUUUACAAUUAGGGAGGCGUUAAACAAUGCAAGUGUUCAAUGAAUUUACCUGCUAAAAAGCAGAGAACCAUUCACACAGACCCAAUACUUGUAUUUUGGUUACAGGGUCUGUGAAAAUGCAGGAAUCAUGACUAGGUCUUUAGGUGGCUUUUAUUUUCCCAUGUUUUUUUACAUUUACAUUUAAGUCAUUUAGCAGACGCUCUUAUCCAGAGCGACUUACAGUUAGUGAGUGCAUACAAAUUAUUUUUAUUUUGUCAUACUGGCCCCCCGUGGGAAUCGAACCCCUUUACCCCUUUCAGAUAUUUGAAAAAGCUGCUAUAAAAAUGCAGGCAUGGUAAAUUAGUGUGAUUUUGGUCUGUAGAUGAAAGGGAUAAAGACUAGAGCCUGUGGUUAAAAACCUAAGUGCAAACAUUCUGGAAAGCUGGCGCCAUUUAAUUGACUGAAGGGUUGUAGAGCAAAGUUAUUGAGAUGAAAAUAAUUCCAUUAUAUUACCUGCGUAGGCAACUUGUGCAAACAUUUGUACAUUUUUAGUCAUUUAGCAGAUGCUAUUAUCCAGAGCGACUUACAGGAGCAAUUAGGUGUAAGUGCCUUGCUCAAGGACACAACGCUCUUAACCUCUAGGCUACCUGCUGCCCCAGGUAGCCUAACUUUCUCUUUAGUAAAGAAGACCAUCAUCAACAGAUGAAGUCCACUUGAAACGUAGCCAAAUGGCGGCUGUGUGCUGGUAUAUUCAAACUAAGACGAUGCUUGUGGACCAAGGCAUGGUGGCUUACUGGUAACCUAAACUCUAGAGCUGCAUUCUGUUACUUAGCUACAUACCGUGUACAAAUAAGACCCGUUUUGUGUUGGGUAACUCUAGUCAUGGAUAUGCCCAGCCAUUGGCUGUUUGUAGGUAAGGAGGGGGUUGGGGUUUUCUAAUUUGCACAACUGAAAGCUGUGGUGAUCAGCUGAUACCUCUAGCAGAGACUGGGUGUUACCCAGGCAGGUGACUUCUUCUCUUGGGGACCUCAAAGGGCUAAAGGCCUUUUCAGAAUUCUUGGUACGUGUGUGAAUUGUACAUGAAUGUGCAGGCUUUAAAGGCUCAGUGGGUAGUGUCAGGCACUGCUUUUGAAUUGAGAUGUUUUAGAAUGUUUGUUUGGGAAUGUUACUGUAGGAACUAGCUGAGAGAUUGAAAGAACUCAUGGAACUUUGUCAAAGCCAGAAGAACCUGCUGAACAAGGCGCGCCCCUCCCCCACACUCUGCCUGUUGCAAUUGUAUGGCUGUGUUUUAAUGCGGUGUUCACGUCAUGUUGGAAACUCUGACAUUUCCAACUUGCUUACUAGUUGUACAAAGAUUAUACCUGAGUUUCCCAUUUGGGAAGUAUCAGAAUCAACCAAUAGGAAGCCCUACGCAAAUAACUUACGUUCAUUUUAACUUGGAGGUCCCUUGUUUCCGACAUGACGUGAACGCGGCAUAAUCAAAGGGAAGUCUUGUGCUUAUGCAUUCUCUCUUGGGUCCAUUGAGAUUAUGAAACUCUGCUCUUUUUUGAAUUACACCUUUAAAAAAAUGCCAGGCCUAUCGGUUAAUGACUUGUUUCUUUCCUUAAUUUAGUUUCCUUUGUAGUUACAUGUUGGAUUGUCUCUAAAGCAGCCUGGGUUUACACUGAUAUUAUGCCAAUAAAGAGGAAAUGAGUGUCUCACAAAGAGGCCUGUAGUUUCCUGUAAUGUUUGCCUGAGCAGACAGUUUUAAUGCACAGUAUUCAAUUGGUGGAUUCCUUAUUGUGCUUGGACUGUAAUUGAUUGUAGUUUUAACAUGUAGCCUAGAUGGCAUAUACAGUUAUGGACAAAUAUAGUGGCACCCUGGCACUUUUCUUAAAUAGUUCCCUAUUUAUAAAAAAAAAUUGGUCACCACACCUUUUCAACAUUGCAUAACCAAUAAUUUUUUUGUGAACUUAAGUUUACAAUUUUAAUUUAGAAAAUAAAGACAUGGCUUGGACAAAAUAAUUGGCCGCCUGGAGCUAGUACUUGGUUGCACGGCCUUUGGCCAAGAUAACUGCAGACAAACUCUUCUUAUAGCCAUCAAUGAGCUUGCUGCACCUUUCUACUGGCAAUUUUGCCCACUCUUCAACAGCAAACUGCUCUAAUUCUUCAAUGUUGUAGGGGUGCCCUCCACCAACUGCUGUUUUCAGGUCUCGCCAUAGGUUUGGGAUGUGAUUCAGAUCUGGCCACUCCAGAACAGUCCAGCAUCUCUUCUUGAACCAUUCCUGGGUGCUUUUUGAUGUGUGUUUGGGGUUGUUGUCCUGCUGGAAGACUCACAACCUUCAAUAAAGACCCAGUUUUUAGACACUGGGUUGAACAUUGAACGUUAUCAAACCUCCCCGAUCUUUGAUUGUAGGGAAGGUGUUCUUUUAAUUGAAUACUUCAUUUGGUCGUCAGUAAACACAGCGCUGAUCUGUAUUGCCAAAGAGCUCUUAUUUACCAAGUAGCUACGGGGUGCCAAUUUUCUCCAUGCCAUUUGUCUUAAGUUUAACAGUUUAAUUUAGAAAAUAAAGAUUACAAAAGUAAAAUUGGUUCUGCAAUGUUGAAAAUCCAAUUACAAGGUGUGGUGACCGAACGUUUAUUUUAUUUCAGCUUAUUUUAGAAAUAUGGAACUAUUUAAGAAAAGUGCAAGGGUGCCAAUAUAUGGAUUAGUCUACUGAGACCGGAGUGAAUCAGACAGGUGUCUCGUGUGCCAUACAUUUUAAAUUUUAUUUGCCACUGCUUGACUAAAACAAUCUUGGUCGACCAACAGCCUAUCGACCAAACAAUCGAGAGCUUUGCGUAGGCAUACCAAAUUCUACCACAACUUUUUGGCUGCCACAUGUUGGCUGUUACACCUGUGCUUGUGAGGCUGUGUCCUGGGGGUGUGUAAGCUUGUAGAAAUGCAGAGUUUGGAACUGUUUGCUUAGUUCAAAGUGCAUUUUCUUUGCUGCCAUCAUGGGCGGUCUUGUGAAAUGGUGCUAUUGACUAACAACACCCGUAGCUAAUUCCGUAAACAAGAUCUGUCAGAGUAGCAGAAUGGCUGUGUGGACUCUUGCAGUACAUCGUUCCCCUACAAUACCUCUUUGUUUAGUGAAAUCUUGGACAAGAUGGUUGCCUGGCGACUGCUGGCCUGGCAGUGUACUGAAGAGGUGUUGGGAGUCUCUUUGACCUCUAAUGGCAGAGCUGUGAGGAUUAGACUGACUCUCUAACUAAGGGCUCUCUAACCCUGUUCCUGGAGAGCUACCCUCCUGUAGGUUUUUGCUCCAACCCCAGUUGUAACUAACCUGAUUUGGCUUAUCAACCAGCUAAUUAUUAGAAUCAGGUGCGCUAGAUUGGGGUUGGAGUGAGAACCUACAGGACGGUUGCUCUCCAGGAACAGGGUUGAAGAGCCCUGCUUUAACUAUUGUCAGGCCAGCCUAAAAAACAAAGCAUCUCUGUUAAUGAUAGAUGAGGCCUCCCUUUAUAACUUGCUAGAGUCCCAGGGGUUUGGAUGGAGUUAUGAUGACCCCCGUGCUCUUUAACCAGAGAAUGCUGCUCAUCUGUGAGUAGAGACAUGUUUCUGGAACAACAGGGUUUGACCAAAUCACCAAAGUCCACCCUCCGCAUACGUUUUUGCCUCUGGUAUUGAAAUAUGAGCUUUGACCACACAACUGUUGCAUUACUGGUUAUGUUACAUAGGCCUAAUAAAUUACAAUGCAAUUGCUAUGCAAAGUUUGACAUAAGAAAACACUGUCAUACAUAACAUUUGUUAUGGGUUAAUAUGAAUAUUGAUGUAUGGCAUGGCUGGUGCUGUCUUGCAGGUGGUAUGGCCAAGAAAAGGACUACAAUGUCCUAGUGAUGGACCUGCUGGGACCCAGUCUGGAAGACCUCUUCAACUUCUGCUCGCGCAGGUUCACCAUGAAAACUGUACUAAUGCUCGCAGACCAGGUAAGACUCGGUUUAAUCAAUGCUCUUUAUCGUGCACUUUGGCCCUUUGCUUAACUUCGUCUGGUUACAAAAAAAUAAAGAUUAAGAUUAACACUUAACAUAUUAAUUCUGUAUUUGCCAAAGGGAGAAUAUUACUUGUACAUUUCUCAUUCUUAUGAAACGUUUGAAAAUGGGCUUAGAAGACCACCAGUCUAUUUUCAAGUUCUUGCGUUAACUGAUUGAGAGCCAUUUUCCCCACAGAUGAUCAGCAGAAUCGAGUAUGUGCAUACAAAGAACUUCAUUCACAGAGAUAUCAAGCCAGACAACUUUUUAAUGGGUAUUGGCCGUCACUGUAACAAGGUAAGCUUUCAGCAGUUUCCCCCUCCUGAGAUGCAGUAAGUGGAGUGAAUCUCUGACCUAGUUUCGCUUUUGUUUUAUACACCAUUGUGUGAAGUGAUACAACUAGCCCAUAUUAUUGAUAGAAUUAUCUUGUUUUUAUACAUUUUGGUGGUUUCAUGUAUUUUUUUGUGGAAAAUAUUGAUGAUCUAAUCCUCAGUGAGGCAAAUCUGAUUAUUUUCUUUGAAUAGGCUACAUGUUCUGGUAAUGGACAUUUUCAAGGCUAAUUGUUUGUGGUUGGUCUAGUCCACUUGUUAUGUGGAUGGAAUUGUUUUGUUAAAGUCACAUUUAGGUACUUUUACAAUCAGGUAAUACAGGCCCUCGUUGUUUUCUUAGACAGCAUCAUAGUUGUGGAUCUGUUUGAGAUCUUAUACAGGACUACAAAAAGGUUUCUGCAUGAUGUGUAAUCCCAUUCAUUCUUUCCCCUUUGCAGAAAAUAAUUUUAAGGCGUUUUGUGAUUCUUUUUUCAUAUACAAACUGUAUCUCAAGUUGCCUGAUUUGUAUUUUGUUUUUAAAUAACUCACUAUUUUGAGCCCUUGCAGACAGGCAACAUUUGGCAAAGUUAAAGCAUGAUGCGUGUUUUAACACGGACCUGUCCACACCAGCUGUGGCUGUCGAUAGUGUUACGUGAUAUAAACUCAUCAGACUAGUCUAAUCAAAACGAAACGGUACCUUUUGGGUAUUCAAGCAUUGAAGCCUGUAUUACCAUUUUUGGCAGUGCUGUCUGGAAUAAGUGUUUACCAUUGUGUGUCUGUGUGAAUGCCAGCCGUAAGCUUAUAUAAUUUUUACAUACACAAACUAAACUCGAACAAAAUUAUAAAGGGUGCACAUACAAUCCUUUUUGGAUGGCAAGUUCUGACACUGAACUCAAUGGACGGGAAGACUGGCAUAGCAGUAGCUUUUGCGAACCCCACUCUAUCCUCUUCAUGUUUAAAUCAACUGCCUUUCUCUUAACCUGAACUCCCUGCAUUCUGCUUCCUAUCUGCUGUUUACAAUGGUGCUUAUAUACCCCUUAGCUUGUGCCCAAUAGGGUGGUUGCCUUUAAUUCAGGAAGUGUGUUUCUGAAGUAGUCUUCAUUUGGACAUGGCUCCAUUGGUGAAAAUAAAACUCUAGCGAAGAGCAAUCGUUAAACCUUAACCUUAAUCCCCCCCCUCUUUAAUAGAUUGCAUGUGUACACUGCACCAACACUAGCUUCUUCUUCUCUAUGGUUUGGAGAGUGAUACUCCGCUUCUUUUGUUGCUUUGUCCUGGGCUGCUCUAUAGAAAUCCUCUAAUCAAGAGCCACUGUCACAAAGGCUGUCCUGUCACGCGUUUCUCGCAGCUGUACUAAAUCUACUCUGUAUUGACGGCUCCAUGCAGAUUAAUUCAUGCUUCUUUCUUGUACUGCACGCUUUUCCUCUGUUUGGCGCUGUAGAGCUGCUAAUUGCCAGAUUGGGCUUUUCCAAAGUCUGCCAAAGUAUUCUACCCUCUUCCUUACUGAAGGUGUCUACUGUUUCAAAGCAGUUUCAGGAUAAUAAUAAAAAAAAUAUAUAUAUAUAUAUAUAUUAUAUGUAUUUGACUCAUUGCUUCCUGUGAGAUCUCAAGGAGGUGGUGGGUUGGGUGGCUGCAUUUUCCAACGCUUUUUCACGCCUUAUUGUUAAAUGAAUGCCCAUAUUAGGGAAUGGCCUUCAUUAUUUAGAUUCUCUUUUAACCCUAGUUGUGCCAGUAAGUCAACUGCAUAUUUUGUUCUGCACUCAGGCAGACUGUUGCUCCAAAUUUGUAGGAUGAUUAUGGUAGAAAGCAAUUCUACUGUGUGCCACUGCUAGCGUUAAAUGCUGCAAUAUCAAAAAGCCACUGCAAAGUCAAAAACGCGAAACAGGCUUGGAAAUAAUUGUAUGGUUAUUUUUUACCAAAAAAAAUUACAUGGGGAUUGGGCAGUUAUAUUGUCUUCAUUUCUGCCUCUAUGACCGAAAUUGGUAUUGCAGCGUGGACUGCUUAUCCUGCAGAACAUCUCUCCCCGCCCCCAUCGGCCUAGCCUAAAAACUGGCUUGCAUCUAAGCCCAGGCUAACUCCUAGGAUGUCCUACCACAGUCAGACUCCUCUCUGAUUUUAGCUCAUGCUUUGCUGGUGGACGAAGGAUGGCCUUGGGCUUUCUCUCCCCCUUCUCCUCCCUCUCCUCCCGUUCUUUUUCUGAGCCUUGGUGUUGCCUGUCUGCGCUGGCCUUGUGGGGUUGUCAGCAAUACUGUUUGAUGCACUGCACCCUUUAUUUGUUCAGUGUUUAGAAUCUCCAGUGGGGAAGAGGAAAAGAAGCUUGGCUGUUAGUUCUUCUCAGGACCCAUCUUUCUCAGGAUUAAACCAGGUCUGAAACCACAACCGCCUCUUAAUACUCCCCCAAAUUCUGUUUGCUUUUUUCUUUUGGAGUUUAUUUUACCCAUUUAGAAACAGUACUACUUUUUUAUUUCAUUAAUUUGGUCAAUAAUCUAUGAACACCAUAUUGGCAUUAAACCAGACACACAUGCUAAACAGAUCUAGAGAUUAACACCUAAUCCAGAUUGCAGGGAUCUGUGUUUAGGUGGAUGAAGGACAUAUGGUGACUAGUAGUGGAAGAUGCUGUUGAAUUUUCUACAGUUUGAUUUUUUAAAAAGAGGACGUGCUCCUCAUUUGAAGUCGUCACUGCGCCCACUAGGCUAAUUUAUAUUUUGUUGCUUUUCCAUUUCCUUGGAGCUGUUUCUCUGGUUGAGUUUUCUGUGCCAGUUAAGCAGAGGAUUAUUUUCUCUUGGUUUCACAAAUGAUCAUCUCCUUCUGGGUUUCAGGAUACGUCAACACAGGAAAAUGUCAGUCACUAACCCGUAACAGUAGUGUGUAUAUUUCAAGUGACCGUGUUGGCCAAAAUGAGCCAACAUUGAGUUGAGUGCAAUUUUCUUAAAUUCCUACAGAUUUUCUGUCUGCUCAGCAGUACUGUAGCUAUUUGGUUUACAUGACCUGCAUUGGCAUUAGACUACAGAAGGGAAAACUGGGCCAUGUGGCUAUGAAAACCUUGCUGUGGUGAUACUCUGUUGGAGAGCAACUGGCAAUGUGGCAGCCAUUGAGCUGGUCUGAACCAGCUUCCUGUUGCCAGAGACGGUGCUGCUGACAUCACAGCCUGCCUGGCCCGGCUGACUGUUGGCAAGCAGCCAGUGGCAUGAUGAGCAGAAAAAAGGAAUGUUUGGAAAAUGUAGGGCCUGAAUAGCCAGAAUGGGGACCGGCACGGCAGACGGGUGGGGUUAGCUUAUGCUUGCUCGCCGAUUAGCAGACCUACAGUUCAACAUUUUUCAGUUUCUGUUUUUCAAAGGGGAAGAGAACUUAACUGCUUGAACGCUAAUUAUUAGUAUGGCUUUGCAACCAGAAUCCUCAGUCUGAAAAUCUUACUUCCGAUGAAACAUACUUUGACUUUAAAAGUAUCUAGGUUUGGGCUACUUUGUUUCACAGGUUGGUUUGUUAGGGUGGGCCUGUGAAGUCAAUAUGGUUGCUUUUGAGAUGGUUGUGAAUGUUCAGGUAAUGGUAUGUUGUCGAAGAGUGUACUAAGAACCAACAUUCAAAGAAAUGCAGUGACUCGGCAUGUUAGAUUUUAAACCAACAUGUAGCCUAUUUUGAAAGUCAUUGGCCUAUUACAUACAGGUCUGACUUUGAAGUAUUUUUUACAAGGUAACUGAUCCGCGAUUCACAAUUACUAUUGUUAUCUGUAACAGUGUAUGUCAACGGUUCAUCAUUUCCUUGAAUAUUAGCAGAUGGAAAAGAAAAUGGGAUGCUUUUGGUCAGAACAGGUCUGUCUUUUGUUGUGAAAAUGGCCUGCCCACAUUGGAUAGGUUGUGUAUUUGAACCACAUUCUCAAUUAGGCUACAUUUCUACUGAUGGUUCAAAUGAUGAAACUAGCUUUCAGCAAUCCUUUGACUGUACGCAUUGCUCAUGCAAGUGCUAUAAUGGAUGACUUAUUUUCACAUUUAUGAAACUCAUACUUACCAUUACAUAGUUCUUAAGGAUCUAGACCUAGGUGAAGUCAAAAUUUCAAAUGUCUUACCAGAUAGCAGUUUACUUCAAAUUAACUCAUCCUUGAUUUUCUAUUUCAGCUCUGCGGGUUUAGUGGAAGCUCCUCAAGCCCCUGCUUUUGUUCUGUGAACGCAGGAAUAUGCUGUUUAGGGUGGCCAUUGGCCUUGCUACGUUGUGUAUUUAUACACUCUGAAAUGUUUCAUUCUGCCUGCAAUGUUGCUAUUGAACACCAGCUGAAGGUAUCUCAGGAUAGAAGAAAAAGGUGCAAGUUAAUGAAUAACGCGGAAAAGGGAAUGUUAGUUAGUUUGCGGCAAGUGGACGGUUGCGUGUGGAUCUGCCUUUCCUCCCGACCUGACUUUUCAGAUAGAAGCGUCACAAUGGAAUGUUGCGAUUGGCGUAGACAGGAGGAAAUAAGGUGUGAAUCCCCGGCUGAGCCAAGCAAGCAGAGGCACGGCUGAGUGGAUCCGCCAGUCAGUCACUGCUGCAUCAGUGAAAAACGUAUGUUGGGCGAGGCACUCUCUCUUAGGGACUGCAACCUGCAAUUGUGUGUGGGCAGUGGAGUGGAGAAGUAUGGCAGGCAGUCAACAAAUUAGAUCAUUCCGAUCUGAGACAAGACUGAGACAAGACGGGGCUUUCAACAACCAUAGAGAACUGUUAGCAGGCAGGGAGCUAUUAGUGAAUGAAAACCUUCUUGAGUUUGCUGCAGAGAAUCCAUUUGCCUCUGUCUCUGACCCCUGGGUGUUCCCUGAUCCUGCCAUCACAUGGCCAGAACUGUUUGUAUAGAUAGCAAGCAGGGGCCUUGAGGAUGGCUGCUUCACUAGUGAAAUGGUACACGGAGCAGAGCAGGACAUUGGAAGAAUAGACCCAUGAUCUCAAGCAGUGGCAUUUUGUCAAUCGUUCCCUGUGAAUCAGGAUAUUUCUAAAAUGUCAAUGUUUGUUUAUCUUUUCCCCCCUCCUUUCAGUUGUUCCUCAUCGACUUUGGUCUGGCCAAAAAAUACCGGGACAACAGGACACGACAGCACAUACCGUACCGAGAAGACAAGAAUCUCACCGGCACAGCACGCUAUGCCAGCAUCAACGCGCACCUGGGCAUCGAGCAGAGGUAAGAGCUCACCACCCAGUAACUACAGUCAUGUGCAAUCUAUUCCAGCCUUCGCUGGAUAUUCUCUUCUCACUCCUUAUCAUUUGCACGCUUUCAGCCGGAGUGAUUGGAUUCCUAGGGCUUAAUAUAGAGGUUCAUGGGUCUUUUCCCCACUUUAUUGGGAUCAUUUUUGGCAUGAAGGAGCUUUUGAUGUUCAGACUGUGUGUUCCUGCUGGGGCUGCAGACUGGCUCUAAGGACUUGUCCUCAUGAUGACCAAGAUGCACUCAUUGGUCAAGCUAGAAUCUAGCAUCCACCAACAGCUUGGUUGACCCAUAAUCCUAGCUUUGACAAACAAGGCAGUGUGAUUUAGCCAGACAAGUCAUGCGCCCAUAGCUCUGUAUUGAGCUGUACUGUAACAAUGCAAGUCCAAGACUAGAUGUUUUUAUUUUAUUUGUACUUUUCCUUUUGACAUACAAGUAUGGUAUAUUACAGCAACGUAAGCAUGCAGUAAUUUUCAUAAAACCUUUGAUACGUUGUGAGCAUUGUCUUUCGUAUUAAGAUAGAAUUCAACAUAGCUGGAAAUCCUUUUGUUCCCCUGUCUAAACAGGCUUUUUAUGAAUGCUCGUUUUCAUGUCAUUUGAAGCAUUCAGUUGGGAUAUGAAAAACACAGCAUGUGGCUGCUCCACUGAGCCGUGCUCCAAAAACAAAAUGUGAAGUAGUAGAAAAGGAUUGCCUACUGUUGAAACACCGGAACAGGAUAGACAUCCCACCCCCUGCUUGCACUUUACCAGUUAAAUGCUGUGUCACUGGUCUGGAAGUUAGUGUACAGCUUAGCCAUUACAAAGGGCCUUGAGAUUAAUGUCAAAUGUGUUGCUGUUGAACCAACUGAGAUGUUACCUUUUUACGUACUGAAUGCCAAAUGUCUCUGUAUGUUUCCAGUCGCCGAGAUGACAUGGAGUCGCUAGGCUACGUCCUGAUGUACUUCAACAGAACCAGCCUGCCCUGGCAGGGACUAAAGGUAGGCCAGGCAGGUACUCUAGGGCUCCCAGUCCACUAUAUAAGUGGUUCAUAUUUCACCAACUCGCUCGCCACAGCUUUUCAUCCAUGCUUCUGCUACUAGACUUUUCCCCCCCAAAAAUAAAAAUAUAAAACUGAUUUUCAGUUGUCUCCAUAACAACUUGAUUUCAGAUUAUUUAAAAUGUUCAUGACAUAUUCACAUUUGCAUAUUUUAUUUACUCUGUAGCUGAAUUAUAUAUAUAUAUAUUAAUUAUAGUUGUAUUCUCUGACAACUUCUGGAAUUAAAUUGUUUAGUAACAGUACAUAAUAUUCCUCGUACAUUGCAGGAUGUAAGCUAGUCUUAGUAGUAGAUAACCCCUAACCUUCCAUUCAAGUUGUAGUGUUACUUGAGGUCAGCUACUUCCCAAAGGUUAAGCUAGCUACCUUUUUUAAAAUUAAUUAAUCCUGCAGAGAUGUGGGGUGCCUCGAGUGUACUCAGUUUUAUGCUUUUGUAAAGUCACCUAGACUUGCAUUUGCAGCAUAAUGCACCUUCCCGCUUUCUAACGUUACGAGGGUUAAAUAGGGAACACGAGAAAUCUGUGCUGUGUGUUAAUGUAAUUACAUGGAACAGUAGCCUGCAGUGCUUGAAACUCAAGUCCUCAACAAGGUGUUAGGUACAUACCUACAGAACCAAGCCAUUCUUCAUAUACAUACAGCCCCAGUUGCCCAGCCUAGCAAGAUAGACUAGGUCACAAAAUACAACAUUUAUGUACACAUAUUUGUAUUACUGAGAAAAACAAGAAACAUCCUCAAAUGUCCCAAACUAAUACAUUACAUUUUGUUACAUUGUUUAUGGACCACUGACCUCACCGGCGGUGACAAACUGUGGUGUGAUGAGAAAUUGCAAAGGGUAGUGUUAAACUGUGGUGCACAACAUUUUCAUUUCUCGCCCACAUGUUCCACAGGCUGCCACAAAGAAACAGAAGUACGAGAAGAUUAGCGAGAAGAAGAUGUCCACUCCAGUCGAGGUGUUGUGUAAGGUGAGUAAAACCGUAGAAGGAUCAAAACCUGGCACGCCCACCCCGCGGACUGAGUUACUCGUAUUUUUAUUUGGGGUCACCGGGUCAGAAAGGUAGAUGCAUACUAUGGAAGUCCUUGAGUAGCCGCAUCAGCCAGUGAAGUACGAGUCUGGUUGAAGGAGUUCUUCUAAAGGCUGUCUCGUAGCGUACGAGAGUAGAGAUGUUGGCUGGUGUCGCUAAUCUAAUCCAGUCUUUAAAUAGUGGCUGUUAUGUUUCCAUCACCUUGGACCUGAAAGCAUGGUGGCCAUUGCUUAUUAUAAGACUAAGUAGCUGGCUGAGAGUGUGCUAAAGACAACGCCUUGCAUUAAGCUGUGGAGUGACUUGUUACACACUGACUUUUUUCUUUCGGUAAUUACCCUUAUUUUACCAGAACACAUCUCAGAGUAGUUUAUUAGGCACUGACUGUCAUGGUAAAUAAUGUACACAUGACAGUAAGCCAGACAGUUGGGCAUGGAUCUAUAGAUAACCUUCCAACUCUCCUGCGGUUGUUUCCAGGGUUUCCCAGCAGAGUUCGCCAUGUACCUGAACUACUGCCGUGGGCUGCGGUUCGAGGAGGCACCUGACUACAUGUACCUGCGUCAGCUGUUCCGCAUUCUCUUCAGGUGCUCGUCAUUUCUCAACCUCUCCAACAUGAACCUCUCUGUCCCCAAGGGAGCUGAAACGCUCACACACACCAAAUCACAUGUUUCUUUCUCACUGUCAGACCCACGGGGAAGAAAAACAUGAAUUGGUUGCAUUGCAUGUAAAGCAUAUGGAGUUCUUUAAGGUGUAUGAGGAACAGACUGUACUAGACAUUUCGUUAUUAAGUGUUCUUUAUGAAACAAAGUGAAAGGAGCAACUGCUAUAGGCCUGUGUUUUUCAUGUAGUCUCUUUCUGCUUUUAUGUAUGUUUAGGCUGAAAACAAGUUGUCCUUUGGGAGCAAUAAAGAGUUAUUGAAAAUAGGAGAGCGCAGUGUGACUGCAUGUCUGAAAGUGUCUGUUUUUGUCCAGGACCUUGAACCACCAGUACGACUACACAUUUGACUGGACGAUGCUGAAGCAGAAAGCAGCCCAGCAGGCUGCGUCCUCAGGGGGACAGGGGCAACCGGCACAAACCCCCACAGGCAAGCAAACUGACAAACCCAAGAGUAACAUGAAAGGUUAGUAGCAAAAAGCCAAGCGACGUUUGGAGUGCAAAAAUGGAGACGCCAAUUGCUUUCAUUUUCGUUCCCCUUUCAAAGUGGUAAAAAAAAAAAAAAAAAGUGGAUUUGGAACAUUCUCUCCCAGCGGGUUAAUGAGACCACAAACAACACAACAGUGUUAGUUCGAGGAGGCCCCUGAAAGAUAGAGAAUUCAAUUGGUCUGUCUUGCAGAUGCAAAGACGUCCUUGGGAAAUUUGACUACUAACUUUGUACCCAAAUGUAUUUUCUUCUCUGGGACAAAGGGUUGUGGCUUUAUAAUCUUCUGUGGAUGUUAAAAUCAUAGUGAUUUCCCUCUUUUGAAUUAACCUCUUCUCUAAAUGGGAUGUACGAUUGACUCUUGAUUUCUCGCAAUCAUUGUUCAAGGAUCUAACACUUGUUAAUCUUUAUUGUAAUGCUCUCAGAUACAGUACUUGGAUGAGUGGGAUUGAGAUUCUAACCACAGACUAACAAUGGUCCAAUGGUAAUACAUGGCUACCUGUUUUCAUGUGUAUUUUAGUGCUCAUGUGAUGUGACUCUUGAAUGACCUCUUUUAAUUCCAGUCUCUCCCCUCCCUCUCGUAGAGGGUAUCCCGGGUGCCCAGGGUUGAUGGCAGAGGAGUCAACCCAAUUUUUCAAAAAACCUGAAGCAGUUUUCAUCAGGUGAUGACUAGGAUUUCCACAGGGAUGAGGCAAUAGCCCAUUUAGGUGUGUAAUCUCUGGCAUGAAACUGCAGAGCAGCCUUCCACUUGACCUGUAUUGGUAGUAAAAGGCACGUUUACACCAAGUCAAUGCCCACCCCCUUUUACUUAAAACCACCAUAGAGGUGUUAUUUUAUUUGUCCCCACCCCAAAUUAAAGAGCGACUGCCCCUAAAAUGCAACUUCUCAUUUUGAAAAUGUCCUAUGUGACAUCGAUAUGAGUCAAACAUUUAUUAUAGUGUCAAAAUUCACUACAAAGUGUAAAUAGGAUAAUUUUGGUCUUAGUCAGUCACGUCCAAAAUUGAGAUUUGAGAGACGAUAGGAAAAAAUUGUAUGUCACGGAAUGAAGGGUACCUUAACAUUUUCCAUGGGUUAGGUUUAUUUUAAUCCUGCCCACAGCUGGCAGCAUCCAAAUUUCAAUGACUGUCGUAGCCGGCCGCGACCGGGAGACCCAUGGGGCGGCGCACAAUUGGCCCAGCGUCGUCCAGGGUAGGGGAGGGAAUGGCCGGCAGGGAUGUAGCUCAGUUGGUAGAGCAUGGCGUUUGCAACGCCAGGGUUGUGGGUUUGAUUCCCACGGGGGGCCAGUAUGAAAAAUAAAAAAAAUAAUGUAUGCACUCACUAACUGUAAGUCGCUCUUAAUAAGAGCGUCUGCUAAAUGACUAAAAUGUAAAUUAAAUGUACUUAAAAACCUCAAACCAACUAUAAGAAAGAACUGUAGAAAUUCAUAUACAAAUAUUGAAAGCAUUUAAUGAGAACUAAAAGAUGUGCAACAUGAAAAUAUUGUAAAAUUUUGCAUUGUGUAACUAUCCCCAGAGAUGGGCUAUCCAAAGUUAAACCAACUUUGCAAUGGUGGCACACCAGCAGGCUGAAGCUAAUUGGCUAAAUAAAUUGGCUAACUCUAACCACCUGCGACCACCCACAUGAAACCCCACUCCGAAACCAACUCACGUUUGAAUUCAUUCAUGGCUGCCAGCAUUUCUUAAUGAACCAAAUCUAAAAUGAGGCCAAAUCAGGAAGUGCAGUUGCCCUUUAAACCAUGUCACAUUGGCCCAGAACUCACUGCUCCACACACGUGUUUAUACACACAGUGCAUGGAGGACUCAAAUGAAGCCCUCCCUCCCGCGUGUAUUAGUCCAUAUGUGCCAGCCUGGUUCCAACGUCUUAGGCAGGGCUGAAUUAAAUCCUCAAUACACAAUGGGAAUCAUCUGAGCUAUGUGGAUUAAGUAUUUAUUAUUAGACCAAAAUGUUUUGGGUUUGAGUGCAGGUUGAUUUGAAGAGAAAAAAGGCCCAUGUAAGUGAAGUGACAUGGAUGGUACCCCUGAGAGUGUAUCAGUCCUGCUCUUCCCUAGCACGCCAGCCCCUCUGACAGCGGCGUGGUUAUUCUGCUGCUCAACCAUUUUGUGUGACAUAUUGUUGGUUAAAUCCUGCCCCGAACAGGGCUUCCUGUAUCUUAUGUUUGCUGCGGGUUAUAUAUAUUUUUUUGUAUGAGAUGUUUUCUCUCGAUGAUGUCAGGCAAAUAAUUUUCAGCCCCUCUGUCGGCACGACUUAUCACAGUGCUGUGUCUCCGCUCUGCCGAGAAGAAGAGCUUUGAAAUCCGUUAAAUAUGAAUAGGAAAUCAAAGCACGAAGACACUCUCUCCGCCCCUCUCUCUCCUUCUCUACCCCCUUCUCUUUCAAGGCACAUCCCACGUGAUGGCACUGAACAAGUGCUGUGAAGAGGGGCUAGUUAUAAAUAUGAUUUGCUGAUGACGUGAUAUUGGUCUAAUCCUUUGUGUACAAGGUCUCUGUUUUAGUAUGUGGACUCCAUGCACACAGUAGCCUGCAGCACGGUUGAGCGCUGCUUAUGUGCCUUCCCUGCAGCUUCGAGAGAUGGAAGUUUUUUCUCUGGAACUGAUUCAAAAAUGACCUUUGUAAAUGGACCCCCUGCUCACAAGCAAAGCCCAAUUUUUUUCCCUCUUUCGUUCAUGUUUUAGUUUUGAAGAUGUAUAGAAAAGGACAUGUUCUUUUUAGGUCUGGUGUUUAGUGUUCUCUGCUGUCCAUUUAAGAUAAUACUGCCAGUGAAGGUGCUGAGUACCCACAGCCAAUCAUUUAAAUAGCCAAGCUCUGGCUUAUUGAAGCUUGAAAGAACUUGCUGGUUUCUUGGAUACCAGUUUGACUUGGCCACGCUUAGCCUUGUAACAAUGGAAACAUUGUUAAUGAGAGUUUGCGUUUCAGCCCUCCUGUUUUUCCCAAUGGCCUCGUAUUAUAUGAUAUUUGUUUAGAGCAAGCCACGUUGACAUAAUCAGACAAACACAAGUAGCCAUCGCUCAAAGCAAACUCCAUUAACCCUGCCUGUAUUCUCCGAAACAUUUUGAUGAUCACGUGGUCUUUAGUGUCUGUAAGGCCUAAAUGUCAUCGCCAUGUUGCUGUAAAGUCUCCUAAAGGAUAUUUGCUAUAUUAGAAGAGGCUUGAUCUAUAAAUAGCUUGCAUAUGGAGAACUGAGUUGCCCUUUCACCCCUGUGAGACUUGUCUGUUACAUCAGCUGGCCCCUCCACUCAUCCCUGCAGAAAAAAUUACCACAGAGGGUACCGCUGUAGCAGGAGGUGACUUGUGAGAGCUUGUCAAAAAUGCUUCUCAUAUCACUCAGAUCUGAUGAGAUCAUGUCCUGACUUGAGCUGCGCUCAUUUAAACCCACUGGAUGAGGCUCGGAAUGCAUCAUCAAUGGGUGAAGGCUUGCUUGAGGAAGACAAGAUUGUAGGAGCCCAUAAGAAAGCUUGAGGAAUCCUCACACGUCUUUUAGGAUUACCCAAUCAUGUUGUGCCCAAGUUUCUCUCCUGUGGAUUGGCACCUCUAAAGGCCAACUGCCACAUCACUGAUCUGCAUGGGUGUGGCCAUGGGGAGGGAUUGCAUGUCAAUGAGUAAUGGCUGUCUGUAAAGGUUACCUUCCACUGCAGAGAAGCAUGAAGGAAGUUUGGCUCACACAAGCAGGCCAUAUCCCUAUUUGUCUUUUAAAAGUGUUUUGUUUGAUCUCUCGGUUGAACGUCGCCCUUUCAAAUAGGUUUAUUGAUAAGCCGCAUUGUUUCCUUCAUGAGCGUUUCACUAGUGUCUUUCUGUCUGUACCCACUCCCCAGUACACUACACAGCUGCUGUUGUCUCCAGUGCUAGUUGUGAACCUCUUAAGCAGUGGUUAAUGUCUUCAUUACAGGAGGCUCAGAGUAAAGGCUCCAUAAAUGUUUGAUUCCCCCCUCUCAGGCACUCUGCAGCAGCGGGUCCCAGCUUUGCUGCAGAGCGAGACU